AUGAAAUCAUUAAAUUCAGUCACUAAAUUGAGAUCACAAGGGAGGCAAGAAUUGAAAAAUAUUUUAGCAGGUUCGAUUGAUUCAAAAAAGAUCAAAUUUCCAUUUGCAACAUCGAUUCAAUUUAAAGUUUUUAACGAUGGUGAUGACAACAUAGGAUUCACCUCUAAAACUUUGACAUUUGAGUCACGUUGCAUGAAAAUUUCAAAUAUUCAACUUAAAUUUCAGUUCUAA